AAAUAAAAUCGCAUGAGUUAUCAUUGAGUGUAAAGUUAUCUAGUGGAGCUCCUCAAUUGGUUGCAGAGGAAUAGAAAAUGAAGACACUAUACACUGACAGAACAAACCUUAUUAAUUUACCAUUUUGCCACUCUUCCCAAUUCUUCUCUCCAAACCCAAAUGUUCCAUCAUUAUUCAUUCCUUCCACACAUACCAGAAAAUUAACACCAAAAUCUUCUUCCAUUUCCUUAAAAAACACUCUCUUUUCUCCGAUUCAAGCUUCAAUGGCUUCAUCAACAGUCACAGAAGACACAAACAAACCAUUCUCCGUUCUCUUUGUAUGUCUUGGCAACAUCUGUAGAAGCCCAGCUGCUGAAGGUGUUUUCACAGACUUAGUUAAGAAAAGGGGUUUUGAUUCAAAGUUCAGAAUUGAUUCUGCUGGUACAAUCGGUUAUCAUGAAGGUAAUGAAGCUGAUUCUAGAAUGAAGGCAGCUUCUAAAAGACGUGGGAUUCAGAUCACUUCAAUUUCAAGGCCAAUCAAGCCUUCUGAUUUUGUUGAGUUUGAUCUUAUUCUUGCUAUGGACAAGCAAAAUAGAGAGGAUAUAAUGGAAGCUUUUAGUAGAUGGAAGUUUAGAGAUCCUUUACCCGAAGAUGCACAUAAAAAGGUUAAGUUGAUGUGCUCAUAUUGUAAGAAGCAUGAUGAAACUGAAGUCCCGGAUCCUUACUAUGGUGGACCUCAAGGUUUUGAGAAGGUGUUAGAUAUGCUUGAAGAUGCUUGUGAAUCAUUGCUGGAUAGCAUUUUGGCAGAAAAUAAACAUAUACAAGAAUCCUAACACCUUUUAAUAGCCGGAAGAUCCAAUCUUGGGAUUAAGCUGUAGAGGUUGGCGGUUUUCAUGGAUGUUAGAGUACCUUGUUGUUUCAUUGUCCGAAAUCCAUGGCUUCUAUAUAUUAGGAAGUUUAGACCAUGCCUAUCCAAGAAUUUAAGUCACAAAUGCACAAUUUUUUUUCUUCUCUUUUAUUCAUUGUUGUGUUACCCAUUGAAUAUUGAGACUCAGCAGAUUAUAGUUAUAUAGCAUAGUUAAGAAUAUUUUGAAUCUGUUGACAUGCACAUUGAUUACAAGGUACUGCAUUGUGCCCAAUCAAAUUGGACCCUCUCCUUCCAAUUAUCAAGUUAUAUUUUGACUGGUAAAUUGGGAAUAUUUAACA